AUGUUUCCAACCAAGCAACGAAAUAAUAAUGGGGAAGAAAUGGGAAAAUUGUCCUGUACAACCGAGAUCCAGGCUGCGUUUAUUCUUUCUUCCUUAGUGACCUUCAUAAGUGGACUCCUCAUCUUAUUCCUUUCCCGGCUACUCUGGAAGGGCAUAAGGAAAUGGAAAAACAUCAAAGGAACAGGAAUUCUCUUGAAACUAAUCUUGACAAGGAGCAGCCGUAAUAAACAUUUAAAAAGUCUCUACCUCCAUGGAGUAUUUCGUGAUCGUAUAGAAAUGUUACUUUCAGCACAGACCAUCGUGGGGCAAGUGUUGGUGAUCCUUGUCUUUGUACUAAGCAUUGGGUCUCUUAUAAUCUAUUUCAUCAAUUCUUCUGACCCUGUUGGAAGCUGUUCUUCAUAUGAGGACAAAACCAUCCCCAUUGAUUUGACUUUCAAUGCUUUCUUUACUUUCUAUUUUGGGUUGAGAUUUUUGGCAGCGGAUGACAAGAUCAGGUUCUGGUUAGAGAUGAACUCAAUUGUAGACAUCUUUACCAUCCCACCAACAUUUAUUUCUUAUUAUUUGAAGAGUAAUUGGCUUGGUUUAAGGUUCCUAAGAGCAUUGCGGCUGCUAGAACUCCCUCAAAUCUUGCAAAUGCUGAGAGCCAUCAAGACCAGCAAUGCAUUGAAGUUUUCCAAACUGUUAUCCAUAGUUUUCAGUACCUGGUUCACGGCUGCAGGAUUCAUUCACUUGGUGGAAAAUUCUGGUGAUCCCUGGCUCAAGGGUAGAAAUUCACAGAACUUAACAUAUUUUGAUUCCAUUUACCUGGUCAUGGCAACAACAUCAACUGUUGGCUUUGGAGAUGUGGUAGCCAAGACAUCCCUAGGACGGACCUUCAUCAUGUUCUUCACUCUGGGGAGUUUGAUACUAUUUGCGAACUAUAUCCCUGAGAUCGUGGAACUCUUUCUUACCAAGAAGACAUACACCAGUUCCUAUGAAGCGCUCAAAGGAAAGAAGUUCAUUGUGGUUUGUGGAAACAUCACUGUCGACAGUGUGACUGCUUUCCUGAGGAAUUUUCUUCGUCAUAAGUCAGGGGAGAUCCACACUGAGAUUGUUUUUCUGGGAGAGGCUACUCCUUCUUUGGAAUUGCAAACAAUAUUUAAGUGCUACAUGGCCUACGCAACUUUUGUUUCUGGAUCUGCAUUGAAGUGGGAGGAUCUGAGGCGAGUUGGGGUGGAAUCUGCGGAAGCAUGCCUGGUCAUAGCCAACCCUUUGUGCAGCGAUUCACAUGAUGAAGACACUUCAAACAUCAUGAGGGUACUCUCUAUCAAGAACUAUCACCCUGAUACCAGAAUCAUCAUACAGAUACUUCAAUCCCAUAAUAAGGGUUUUCUGCCAAAGAUUCCCAGCUGGAACUGGACUAAUGGAGACAACAUCAUCUGUUUUGCUGAAUUAAAACUUGGAUUUAUCGCCCAAGGCUGUUUGGUGCCAGGCUUGUGCACCUUUCUAACAUCUUUAUUUCUUGAGCAAAACAAUAAGGUAUGUCCUAAAGAGCCCUGGCAAAAAAUCUUCGUAAGUAGUCUGAAGAACAAAAUCCUGACUCAACGUCUUUCUGAUGACUUAGCUGGAAUGACUUUUCCUGAAGUUUCCCUGCUCUGCUUUGUGAAGCUGCACCUCAUGCUGAUAGCCAUCAAACACAAAUCCACGGCUUCCGGUUACUGUGGUCUGAUACUAAAUCCACCUGCACAGGUCAUAUUGCAAAAGAACACUUUAGGGUUCUUUAUUGCUGAAUCUGCAAAGCAUGUCAAAAGAGCCUUCUUUUACUGUGCCACCUGUCACAGUGAUGUGCAUUCUCCUGAGCUAAUUCGAAGAUGUAACUGCAAAAGCAGGAACCAUCAACACUUCUCAGAGCCAAAUAUCAAGAGGGUGCGACCUUGUUGGUUUGGGGUCAUAUAUAAAAGACCAACUGGACAAGACAAGCCUUCCAGAAACAGUUCUCAGACCUCCACACUGGGGAGUUUUACCUCCAGGAACUCUACCCAUUUACUCAAUGAAGAUUCUGACUAUCUUGAUAGCAGCGGCAUGUUUUACUGGUGCAAAGCAACCCAUUUGGAAAAGGUGAUUCUGAAACGAACUGACAAGUCAAAACUUGAGUUUCGGAACCACAUUGUGGCUUGUAUCUUUGGAGAUGCCCACUCAACACUGAUGGGGCUUCAGAAUUUUGUAAUGCCCUUGAGAGCUAGCAACUAUCCUCGGCAGGAGCUGAAGGACAUUGUGUUCAUCGGGUCUCUGGAAUACCUGCAGAGAGAAUGGCGAUUUCUCCGGAAUUUUCCCCAGAUUUACGUUUUGCCUGGCUCUGCACUCUAUACUGCAGACCUCCAUGCAGUCAACAUAGAGGAAUGUUCCAUGUGUGCUGUCUUAUCCUCCCCACCCAUGGCAUCUCCCCAGACUUUAGUAGACUCACAGAUCAUCAUGGCCACCCUCAACAUAGGAUCACUGCGGAUAAGCUGCUCUGCCCCGACACCCUCAGAGGCAGGUAAGAACAACGCCCUGACAAGAAGAGAAUCUGGGAAGUCAUGUUGCCGAAGAAUCCCCAUCCUCACUGAAUUGAAAAAUCCUUCCAACAUCCACUUUAUUGAACAGCUUGGUGGAAUGGAAGGGCACCUCCCAGGAACAAGCCUGCAUCUCAGCACCUCCUUUUCCACGGGCUCAGUCUUUUCUGGCAGCUUCUUGGAUUCCCUCCUGGCCACAGCCUUCUACAAUUAUCAUGUCUUGGAGCUCCUUCACAUGCUGGUGACAGGAGGGAUAAGCUCCCACAUGGAACAACAUUUGGAUAAGGAAAUGGUAUGCGGGUCUUCUAACAGCUGCUCUUCGUUGUUGUCCAGAAGGAAGCGCUGUAAGCUGGGGCUUCUGUCCUUAAACCAAACCAUUUUGUCGGAUAUUAACCCAAAAAAGACCUUUGGGCAAGUUUUCUGUGGCUUGUUGAAUAAUUUUGGAAUCCUAUGCCUUGGCCUGUACCGCCUGAUAGAUGACAAGGAGCACAAUCCGGAGCACAAAAGGGGAGUAUGCUAGUUUGUGAUUACCCGGCCAGACAAUGAGUUUAAUCUGCUGCCCUCAGAUCUUAUGUUUUGUGCCAUCCCUUUCAACAUUUCUUGUGAUGGAAAGGAUAAAUCUUCACAUCCAGGUUCUCGUGAAAAUAUAAAUAUAGUACCACAGGCCUCAAAGGCAUCUGCAGACAUAAAUAACCCUCCCACAGCCAACCCAGAUGACAAGGUGAAUUCAAAUGGAUUUGAAAUGGAAACUUUCAGCCAGCAGCAAGAGGGAGGUCAUAUUCAAAAAGUGUAUUUGUGA